AAUGUUGUUGAUCAAUCAUUUUAAUAUUUGUCUCUUGUGGGAAUCUGUUCACGUCGAUUUCUUCAUAGUAGUAGUAUCAAUAUGGAAGAUAUGAAUCCUGUAUUUUCAUUCCCAUUUCAAGCUUAUGAUAUUCAGGAAAAGUUUAUGAAAGAGUUAUAUUUUACAAUUAAAAAUAGUAGAUUGGGUAUUUUCGAAAGUCCUACAGGAACGGGUAAAUCUUUAAGUAUAUGUUGUGGCGCUCUACAGUGGUACAUCGAUAAUAGGCAAAAAACAAUUCAGGAUAUUGAAAAUGAUAUUACUAAAAUUAAAACAGAUCUAAAGAAUCUAACAGAUUCAGAAGACUGGUUACAAGCAGAAUAUGAUAAAAUUAAAAAGAACCAAACAUUGAAUGAAUUACAGUUCAAACUUGAUAAAAUCAAGAAACAAGAUGAGCUAUUCAAUGAAAUGAAGAAUAGGGUUGCUAAACAGAAAUCUAACAUCAACAAUAAUAUUCAUGGAAACUACUUCCCGUAUUCUAACAAAGCAGACAAAGAACAUGAAAAUAACGAGAACAAUCCGGAUAAUGAAGAGUGUGAUGAUGAUUUAAUUGUAGAUAGUUGUGAUAAAGAUGUAUCAGAUGAGGAAGAUUUAGAUGAAUUGAAUGAAGAGAAUGACCAUUUACAGCUUAAGAUUUAUAUAAGUAGCAGAACACAUAGUCAGCUGUCCCAAUUUAUUGGUGAAAUCAAAAGGACCGUGUUCAAGGAAUGUACUCGAGUUGUUACAUUAGCUUCUCGUCAGCAUUACUGCAUUAAUUCUGAUGUUACACGACUGAAAAAUGUUAAUUUAAUAAAUGAAAGAUGUCUAGACAUGCAAAAAUCUAAAACAAAAUCAACAUCAGUAGGCGAUGAGGGUAAAGUCCUUAAAAGGACAAAGACAAAAACAUGUUCAGGAUGUCCAUAUUACAAACAGAAUAACAUAACAAAACUAAAGGAAAGAUUGCUUGUUGAUAUCAUGGAUAUGGAGGAUUUAGUGAAAUGUGGCAAACAGCUAAAAGCAUGUCCAUAUUAUGCAUCAAGAAUGGCAUUAGACGAUGCUCAGGUAGUCCUACUUAGCCAUGCAGGUAUAGUUAAUUCAGGUGCCCGAUCUGGUUUCUCUAUCAAGCUAAAAGAUAAUAUUCUAAUACUUGACGAAGCACAUGGUUUAAGUGCUGCGCUGGAAAACGCACAUUCCGCACCGGUUUCAUACAAACAACUGUCAUCAGUGAAAACGUACCUUAAUUUUUAUAUAAACAAAUAUAGAGCACGAUUGAACAGUAAAAAUCUUUUGUUGUUGAAUCAAAUGAGUUUUGUUGUUGGAAAACUUAUAGGAAUACUUAAACUGAAAGUCUCCGGACAGGAACAGAAUGAUACCAAAAUCUAUACACUUGAAGAUUUCGUUAUAAAAUCUGAAAUAGAUCAUUUGAAUCUUCGGCCUUUGGUAGAGUUUUGUAGAGACACGCGUCUCGCACCUAAAUUACACGGUUUUUCAAUGAGAUAUAGCAAAGAGGUAUUAGAAGAGGAAAAUAAAAAGAAAAUCCUUAAUACGAAAAGUUCAUUUGAAAAAUUUAUAAGUAAUAUUAAGAAAACAGAUAAAGUUGUAGAGGAAACUGAAGAAACGAAGACAUCUCCUCAGUUGCCAAGUGAAACAUCCGCCGGCAGUGGUCUGUAUGCGGUUCUAGACUUUUUAGACAUGUUGUGUGACCGCAGUGAGAACGGAAGAGUGUUGAUACAAAGAGGAGAGGAUAAUACAUCGCAUUUGAAAUACUUACUUUUGAAUACAGCUGAACACUUUGUUGAUGUUGUCUCACAAUGUAGAUCUGUAAUAUUGGCUGGUGGUACGAUGGAACCUAUCAGUGAGUUCCAAGGGCUACUCACAAAUAAUACGACGGACGUGGAUAGAGUUAAUAUAGUGAAGUGCGGACAUGUUGUGCCCCCGGACAAUGUGCUAGGCAUUUGCCUGUCUCAAGGACCAUCUAAUAUCAACUUAAAUUUCUCCUAUGAAAACAGAAUGUCCAAUGAAUUGUUGAACGAAGUAGGCAGGAUACUUCGUAACAUAAGCAGUAUAGUGCCCGGAGGUGUUGUUUGUUUCCUACCUUCUUAUGCCUAUGAACAAACAGUAUACCAACAUCUGUUGAAUAACAAGUUUAUAGACGGUAUUAGUAAGAAGAAAACUAUAUUUAGGGAACCGAAAUCCGCCACUGAAGUGGAACAAGUGCUACAGAAAUUCACCACAGCUGUUAGAAAGAAAGAAGGUGAUCGGAACGGGGCCCUACUUCUCAGUGUAGUUGGAGGAAAAUUAAGUGAAGGACUUAACUUUAGUGAUGACUUAGGACGUUGUGUGAUAGUUAUCGGCAUGCCGUACCCAAAUGUAAAGUCACCAGAACUGCAAGAGAAAAUGAACUAUUUAAACAGAACUGUAGGAAGUAGCGCUGGAAGUCAGUACUAUGAAAAUUUGUGUAUGAAAGCUGUUAACCAGUGUAUUGGCCGAGCAGUGAGACAUGCCAAUGACUAUGCCUGCAUUUUGCUCGUAGACGAAAGAUAUUCCCGAACGCAAACUACAGCCGCUUUGCCCUCAUUUAUUCAGAAAUCCUUAUUAACCAGCUGCAAAUUUGGACAAACAAUCGGUAGCAUUGCAAGGUUUUUCUCGAAACAUAAGGAAAUGAAACUAUAGAAUUAAUGCAAUAAUUUAAUUAACUAUAUAUUAAAUCUUAUGAAA